UUUCUCUCUUCUUGACAUCGACUUGAGGUUGAACAAGGAAGUGGACAUCACAUUUCUUCUUUCCCACUGUUGGGAUCUUCUACUCUACUGUCCAUUAAUUCCCCUUUUUCCCGAGAAAAUCUCCAUGGAAAAUCUGCUGCUUUAAACCCCAACUUUUGUAUCUUCCUAAACUAAACCCCUCUCGUUUUCUUUUGUACCAAACAUGGUUGGGAGAGCCGAACCCGUAAACGGAUCUGUAAAAUCCGGAUCGAACCAGAGUAUCCCAGCUGCAAUGCAAAGCCCCCUGAAGAAAUCAGAUCUAAUCCCGAACCUCUCGCUCAAAACUCUAAAACUGAAAACCAAACAGCAGGAGCUCCUGAUCCGAGUGUCGAUCCUUUGCCUCGUCUACGUCCUGGCCUUCAUAACCCGCCUCUUCAGCGUCCUCCGCUACGAGUCCAUGAUCCACGAGUUUGACCCCUACUUCAAUUACCGCACAACCCUCUUCCUCACCGAAAAGGGCUUCUACGAAUUCUGGAACUGGUUCGACUCCGAGAGCUGGUACCCCCUCGGCCGCAUCAUCGGCGGGACCCUCUACCCUGGUCUCAUGGUUACCGCCGCCAUCAUCUACUGGCUCCUCCGCUUCCUCCGCUUCGCCAUCCAUAUCCGCGAGGUCUGCGUCUUGACGGCACCAUUUUUCGCUUCCAACACUACUCUGGUGGCGUAUUUCUUCGGCAAAGAGGUUUGGGAUUCGGGCGCGGGGCUUGUUGCAGCGGCACUGAUUGCAAUUUGCCCUGGUUAUAUAUCCAGAUCGGUGGCGGGGUCUUACGAUAACGAGGGCGUGGCGAUAUUCGCGUUGUUGCUCACGUUUUACUUGUUUGUGAAGGCCGUGAAUACGGGAUCGUUGGCGUGGGCUUUGGCGUCGGCUUUUGGCUACUUUUAUAUGGUUUCGGCGUGGGGUGGCUAUGUAUUUAUAAUCAAUUUGAUUCCGCUUUAUGUGCUGGUGCUUUUGAUCACGGGCAGAUAUUCCAUGAGGUUGUACGUGGCCUACAAUUCUAUGUAUGUGUUGGGAAUGCUGCUUGCUAUGCAGAUUCGGUUUGUGGGGUUUCAGCAUGUUCAGUCUGGGGAGCAUAUGGCUGCCAUGGGAGUGUUCUUCUUGUUGCAGGUAUUCUUCUUCUUAGAUUGGGUUAAACACUUACUAAGUGACACAAAAUUAUUUCAAGCCUUUUUGAGGAUCACUGUGACCACUGCAAUAGGUGUUGCUGCUAUUGCUCUUGGAGUAGGCACGGCAUCUGGUUAUAUCUCUCCAUGGACUGGCCGGUUUUACUCAUUGCUUGAUCCAACAUAUGCAAAGGAUCAUAUUCCAAUUAUUGCUUCCGUCUCAGAGCAUCAACCAACCGCUUGGUCAUCUUUCAUGUUUGAUUUUCAUAUCUUGCUUUUCCUUUUUCCUGCGGGUCUCUAUUUUUGCUUCAAGCGGUUGUCAGAUGCCACAAUUUUUAUAGUUAUGUAUGGUCUCACAAGCAUGUAUUUUGCCGGUGUCAUGGUACGAUUGAUUCUUGUUGCUACACCUGCAGUAUGUCUUAUAAGUGCCAUUGCUGUUUCUGCAACUAUAAAGAAUUUGACUCUGGUAGCAAGGGCCAAGAAUAAGGUCACCCAGACUGGGUUUGUGAGGGGAAGCAGUAGCUCGAAGGGAUCUUCUAAGGCUUCACUUGAUCAAUCCCAGCCUUUCCAAAGAAAUGGUGCUAUUGCCUUACUUCUCGGUGCCUUUUACUUGCUCAGUAAGUAUGCAACACACUGUACCUGGGUAACAUCAGAGGCAUACUCGUCUCCCUCAAUUGUCUUGGCUGCUAGGGGUGCCCAUGGCAACAGGGUCAUCUUUGAUGAUUAUCGUGAGGCAUACUUUUGGCUGCGGAAGAAUACUCCUCCAGAUGCUAAGGUGAUGUCAUGGUGGGAUUAUGGAUACCAGAUAACUGCUAUGGGAAACAGAACAGUUAUAGUUGAUAAUAACACCUGGAACAAUACACACAUUGCUACUGUUGGACGUGCAAUGUCAUCAUAUGAAAAUGAGGCAUAUGAAAUUAUGAGGUCACUUGAUGUGGAUUAUGUAUUAGUUGUCUUUGGAGGGGUUACUGGCUACUCUUCCGAUGAUAUUAACAAAUUUUUGUGGAUGGUGAGAAUCGGAGGUGGGGUCUUCCCUGUAAUAAAAGAGCCCGAUUAUCUUGUUAAUGGCGAGUACCGUGUUGACAAAGGGGCCGCUCCCAAGAUGUUGAACUGUCUCAUGUACAAAUUGUCUUAUUAUCGAUUUGGAGAGUUGACAACAGAAUAUGGCAAACCACCUGGGUAUGAUCGUGCAAGGGGGGUUGAAAUUGGAAACAAGGAUAUUAAACUUGAAUAUCUGGAAGAGGCUUUUACAACAUCUAACUGGAUUGUUCGCAUUUACAAAGUUAAACCACCAAAUAAUAGAUGCCCCAAUGCAGGGAACGAUGUUCCAUAUUUACCUUGGGUCCCCACCGUGCUGCGCUACCAUUUUCAGGCAAUGUUUCAUGGCUAGGUAGGAUUACAACUUCUCUACAAACGCUGGGAUUGGAUGAAUGGAUUUAUAGGUGUCCAAAAUGUUAAGUCUGUGUUAGCUUGAUAUGGCCAUUUCCUGACCUGUAGUUGAUUAUUGUCUUAUCCUGAAGUAGUGCUAUGCAAAACCUCGAGUAAAGUUGUGGAAUGAUACACAUACAGGGCUAAGACGUAUCUGUUCUCUGAAAAAUCCACAUUUCUUUGGGAUGAUGAUUAAC